CUUCACCCGGAACAGACCAACGGUCGAGAUCGGAAGCGAGUGCACGAUCGGGUAAACCACGUGUGUUUUUUUUCCGCAGGGGAGAAACAGUAAAUACAAGUCAGGAGUCAAUGGCACUUUGAAUAGCAGUGUUUAGAUACUGCAACAAAGUGCACAGUAAAGGAACACAGGGAGAAGGGAGAGGUGAGAAAUCAGAUAUACACAUGUAUAGAUUGUAGAUAGAUAUAUAGAAAGAGGGGGGAAGGAGAUAGAGGAAAUCUGAAGUCUGAGUUGGAAGAUUCAAGAUCUGUUCUUAGCUGAAGUAUCGGUUCAAAUCUUUCUGGGUAAUUUCUUGUGGUCAACCUUUAGAGAGUUUUGGGAUUAGGGUAAUGGAAUUUGUAGCUUUGGGGGUUAUCUGAUCUGAAAAAGAUUGAAUCUUUACUCAUGAUUUGGUAAAAGUAUUGUGGUAGAGCAAGAUAGGGUUAGCGUUUGAUUUGGUUUAUCUGAAUAUAUUUGCUCUUUGCUUGGAAUUGGAUUUCUGUUUGGCAUUUGUAAUUAAAGAAUAAGGAGGAAUUUUUAUUUUUAAAAUUUUAUUUAAGUUUUUGGGCACUGGGGUUUGGGGCUGGGUGGGGGAGGUGAUGAUAUGGAGGAAAAGGAAGCGGCUUUGCAUACUGCCAUAAAUGCAGUGCAGGCAUUGGGGAGGGGUUUUGAUGUGAAUUAUGAUACAAGAUUGCUUUACUGUAAGGGAGUGGCUGGGUCUAGGGUUGUUGAGAUUGAUGAAGAGCACACAAAGGAUCUUUGCUUGUAUGGUGAUAUAGUGGUGCCAAAUGUCUCAAGGGAUGUAGUGACUUCCCCAGAGAGCGGUGGGCGCGAUGGCUCUGGUGUCUGCAGCUAUAAUGAGAUGGUGGAGUUUUUCAAUAAAAAGGCCAAUCUACCGGGCCAUGCUCCUCUUGGCAGCUUCAAUGCUGCAUUCAGUUUUACCGGUUCAAAGCAAACAGAUGCUGCCGCCACAAAGACCCUUUGUAUGGAUGGCUUUUUCAUUCCACUUGCUAAAGUUCAGCUGAACAAAAUGCCUCUGGUGUUGCAAGAAAAUGUUAGAAGAGCGGUGCCGACAUCAUGGGACCCACCAGCGUUGGCAAGUUUCAUAGAAAAUUUUGGGACACAUGUUAUUACAUCCAUAACUAUUGGUGGUAAAGAUGUGAUUUACGUUAAGCAGCAUCUCUCGUCCCCUCUAUCUACGGUAGAGAUUAAGAAUUAUGUUCAAGAUAUUGGAAACCAGAGGUUUUCCAGCAUAGAGAGCCUUACAAGCUCGGGAUUAUUGAAGUACAAGGAUAAGGGUAGUGAUCCAUCCUUGUUCAAUAGUCAAGGGAUAUACCCUCAGCCUACUAGCGCUCCGUUUCUUGCUGGGAAUGGCAAAGAGGACGUUACAGUCAUUUUCAGAAGAAGGGGAGGAGAUGAUCUGGAGCAAAGCCACGUUCAUUGGGCAAAAACAGUCAAGUCUUCACCCGACGUCAUCGAGAUGUCAUUCUAUCCGAUUACAAUGCUCCUCGAGGGAGUUAAAGGAAAGGAGCAUUUGUCUCGUGCUAUAAGUCUCUAUCUUGAAUACAAGCCUCAACUUGAAGAGCUGAGAUAUUUCCUGGAGUUUCAGGUCCCUCGAAUUUGGGCACCUCUUCAGGACCGACAUCCCGGCCAACAAAGAAAGGAACCUGUUUGCCCGUCAUUGCAGUUUAGCAUGAUGGGGCAAAAGCUUUACGUCAGCCAAGAGCAGAUUUCAGUUGGGCGUAAGCCUGUCACGGGCAUGCGGCUAACUCUGGAAGGGGCCAAGAAGAACCGAUUGAACAUCCAUCUUCAACAUCUGCAAUCUCUUCCGAGGAUCCUUCAGCCGUACUGGGACUCCCACGUGGCUAUCGGUGCACCAAAGUGGCAAGGACCAGAGGAACAAGAUAGCAGAUGGUUCGAGCCCGUGAAAUGGAAGAACUUCUCGCACGUGAGCACCGCACCCAUCGACAGCCCCGAGACAUUCAUAGGCGACCUCUCCGGCGUGUACAUAGUCACCGGGGCACAGCUCGGGGUGUGGGAUUUCGGGUCAAGAAACGUCUUAUACAUGAAGCUCCUGUACUCGCGGGUACCGGGGUGCACCAUCCGGAGAUCAUUGUGGGACCACGCCCCGACUGAUAAGUCGAAAAAACAAACUGCUGCUAGUCCCAGCCCCCCCGGUGAUACGAGCUUAGAUUCGGGGGAGAACACAGCCAGCAAUAAGCUGGCGAAAUUUGUUGAUAUGACGGAGAUGUGCAAGGGAGCGCAAGAUCCCCCGGGGCAUUGGUUGGUGACGGGCGGAAAACUGAGCGUGGAGAAGGGGAAAAUUGUUUUGAGACUGAAGUAUUCUUUGCUAAAUUAUUAGGUAACUCAAAUGAUGCAGCAGCAUAUCCCCCCUCCAUGAUUAAGGUAGUUGGGCAGUGUUUUGGUGUAUAUUGGCCUCCCUUUUUUACCUUCAUAAAUGUGAAUUGUAUCUGUUUGAUGAGUUUUGGUUUUAUACCUGGUAGUUGGGUUUUAAUGUAUAAAUUUAAUUCUAGUAUGCUGCAAUAUGGUUUUUGCCAAAAUC